AUGACAGCUGCAGACUCCUCUAUCUUCUCACUGCCUCCAGGGCGGCCAAAUAGCCAAGCGACAGCUGUCCAAACCUCGUCCGCGAAGCCAUCCCAACCUGCGCAACCACCACCGACAACGACAUCGUCAUCUUCCUCCUCCCAGCCGACGGGACUGAAGGCUGCUCUACCAGCCCUCACUACCGACUUUGACGGCCCCUUUCCUGGCCUGACACGAUCCUCUACGCUCCCUGCUUCCUUACAAUCAGCCGCCGCCUCGGCGUCGAGGCCGGCAUGGGCUCCCGUGUCGGCAGCGACCAGCCGGCGCGCCGAUCCGUACCACCUCGCUCCGGAAGACGCCUUUUACUCAUCCAUCUCGCCGCCAUGGGACCGCAACGCGGCGCGGAAUAGCAACAAUAGCAACAACAGUGCUAAGAACAACAGUACCGCGGCGACUGCCAGCAGCAAUGUCUCGGGCAGCGAGCUGCCGCAGGAGUCGCGCCUCAGCGCACGGCAGUUGCUACGACCCGGUGGACUCAGCAGCAACAAUCUGCGACGGUCUGCGUCGGGCGUGAUGAGCGGUUUGGGCGGUGGUGGCGGAGGCGGCGGCGGAGGCGGCGGUGGAGGAACAGGCGAAUCCCGCAGCCGCAGCCGCCGCCGGCGGCGACGCACGUGGAAGAAACUGCUCUGGGUCAAGCAGUCGUACCCGGACAACUACACCGACCAGGCCACCUUUCUCGAAAAUCUCCAGCGCAACCCCCGCCUGCAACCGUACGACUUUUGGCCGCUCGUCGCCGACUCCACGGUCAUAGUGCAACACGUGUGCUCGGUGAUCAUCUUUGUCAUUUGCUUCGUCGGCAUCGCCCAGGACCGCGUCAGUCCUGUGUCCGUGGUCGGCUGGGGCAGCAUCGCCACGUGCAUGGGCUGGCUUCUGUGGGAAUGGUGGGCCGGGCAGGAGCAGCAGGAGCGGCAGGCCGAGGGCUUGGACGACGACGACGAGUACAUUGGCAGCAGCAGCAGAGCCCCCAGCCGCAACGAUCUGGACGGCUUCCCCAGUCCCAACGGGCAGCGCAUGGGCCGGCGGGGCAACGGGGGUACCGCCAGUGUGGCCAGUGUGGCGAGCGCCACAAGUGCCGCAAGUGGCGACCAAUCGCCGCCAAUGUCCUCGCUUGCGCCGCACUCGGCACACUCGAGCCAAUCCGCCAGCCGUCUGUCCAAGCACUCCGAGGCGUCGACUGCCGAUACGACGCCCAGCCUAGCAGCGUCCACAAACAGCUCGACAAGUUUUCUCGACAUGUCGACCCGCCACAGCCGCGUGGGAAGCGGCAAAGGCCACGCAUCAUAUGCCAACAGCAAUGUCGGUGGCAGCGGCAACGGGAACGGAAGUGUCGGCACCGGCAGAAGCACAGGCACCAGCACAAGCACAAGCAGCUCGUGGCAGCCGGUGGGCCACUCCAGCAGUUUAUCCCAAGUCAGCAACGGCAGCAACACGACAAGCGGCCCUGCCGCCUCCUCUUCCCAUCGACCAGCCUCCUCGCACGGUCGGUCCGCAGCAGGAGCCGAGCACCAUGUGCCGACCACACCAGCAACACCGCGCUACCCGCCACCGCGACGCCCUUUGACGCCUGUGCGUGGCGGCCGUGGCCAUCACCGCAUUGCUACGAUCAAGUCUGCCGUGCUCAUUUACUUCACCCUCCUCGGCCUGUCGCCCAUCCUCAAGUCGCUCACGCGCUCCACGUCCUCCGACAGCAUCUGGGCCAUGUCUUUUUGGCUGCUCACCAUCAACAUCUUCUUCUUUGACUACUCGGGCGUCUGGGUCGGCGCCCACAAGUUCCCCGUCGCCUCCCUCUCCACCAAUGCCGCCCUCAUGGCCUCCACCGUCCUCGCCAGCCGCCUGCCCUCGACCGGCCAGGUGUUCAGUCUGACCCUGUUCAGCAUCGAGGUCUUUGGUCUGUUUCCAGUCUUUCGGCGCUAUGCUCGCCACCGUAGCUGGCAAUACCACAUCGGCCUCACCGUCCUGCUCGUCCUCGGCGCCGGCGCCGGUGUCGGCAUCAUACUGACCGAGCCCAGCGACGGCCUCCCCUGGCGCGGUGCGACGGCCGGCAUGGUCGUCGCCUGUCUGCUGUCGGCUGUCGCGAUGGGCGGUUGCAGUUGGUGGCUGAUUGGUCUGCAAAAGUACAAGAACGAGAUCUACGGGCCCUGGGACCCGGCACGGCCAGUCAUCAUCAGCCGACGGCACUGGAAUGAUGUGUAG